GAGAGACGCCAAGCCUGCUGGCCAGCCAGCACUCCCAGAACGCCAUGGCCCAUCCUCCCCACCCACAGGGAGUAUCCUGACACUCCCCUGACAGAUCCCCCAGUUCCAGGGGCCCCGAUCCUCCUUAGAGACACCCAGAUCCACUGGCAUCAAUGAUGCCCCUGGUCUCCUCACCAGCUGUUCUGCACAGAAGGCUGUUCCUGAAUGAUGUGGAGCGCUCCUUUCAGCCAUGGGUCCCGCUGCUGGGCCAUCUGCAGAGAACCAUAAUGGAGGGCGAGUACCUUCCCCUGGGGCCGCUGCUGCCAAUGUUUGAGAGCGACUUCCUGCAGGUGACAAACCGGGGGGAGGCCGUUUUUCUGCACAAGAAGGAGAACCCCGUGACAAUGGGUGUGGCAUCCUCCACCCCUGGUCUCCUGCUCCCGGACCUUAUCCUGCUUGCCCGGCCAGUCGGAAACAAGAGGCACAAGGAACUGGAGCUCACCAGGCUGCUGCCCACGCAUCUAGCCCGAUUGUUCGUCCACAACGUGGCUAGCUGGAGGCUGAAGCUCCGCUUGGCUUCAGGCCGCAGCUUUUACCUGCGACUGGAUGCUGACCAGCGGGAGGGCUGCCUCCUUUUCAAUCGCUGGAGAUACCUGGUCUAUCUGCUUCAAGGGCCUGUGCCAGCCUGGGCCCCCCAGGCCCACCACCCCAGGCUGCUGUCCCCAGCCAGCAAGGCCAGGACCCAGAAGAUGUACCAAGCUGGGUCCACAACACUGAAGGCCAAGGAGGUGAUGUCGAGAGCAGUUGGUGACUCCUUCCCCUUCAUGACCCAGCUGGAGCCCCCAGGCUGGAAAGGAGAAGAGAGAAAACCAGGCCAUAAACACCCCAGGAUGGAUACUUCUAGGAUGCGAGUGGGAGAGGAAGGGCAGUCCACUGUCACUAUCUGGACCCUCUUCAGCAUCAUCUCCAGCACCCUGAAUCGGCCCAAGGCCUCCAAAGUAUCCACCCCAAUGACUUCAAGUUCAGGGCCCUCCAGAAUGGAGCCCUGUGUGGUUCCCUGCCAGACCUCAUCUUCCUGGCUGGGCUCCCGCCGACCGUCCAAGAAAAUCUUUCACUCUUCAGACUCUUCAAGCACAUACCUGUACUCGGGCUCCCAGGCCCAAAUAGGUUUUUCCAUGACUUGGGAAAACGUCCACCCACAUAGACGUGACUGGUUCAAAAGUCCUAAUGUCCUCUCCAAUGCCCCGGCCUGGGCCAGCUCCCUCAGCCAUGUCUGGGCCCAGCCCCAAGAUUUACAGCAUGAGGUCCUGCAUAAGACUACCACAUCUGAAAAGUUCCCAAGGAAAGUACUUUCCAAUUCCAGGUUGAACUUAAAGCAGGCCAAGGUCAUCACAGAGACUGAGGAAGCAGCAGAGUUACCCCAUGUGGGGUUUGCACAGCAAGAGGAUGAGUCCUUGCUGACUGAAAAGCAGGCCCAGCCCAAGCCCACACCCUACUUGCUAGAACCCUAUGAGUCCACCAAAAUGUCCCACCUUUCCACCAAGGCCUCACUCUACCCACCCCCUGAGGGCUCACCUGACCAUUUUAUCAAGGCCCCAGAGCCCUCCCCCUCCCCCAAGGCCCCAGAGCCCUCCCCCUCCCCCAAAGCUCCAGAGCCCUCCCCCUCCCCCAAAGCCCCAGAACCCUCCCCCUCCCCCAAGGCCCCAGAGCCUUCCCCCUCCCCCAAGGUCCAAGAAUCCAAGCCCUCCCCCAAGACCCCAGAGCCUUCCCCCUCCCCCAAGGCCCCAGAGCUUUCCCCCUCCCCCAAGAUCCAAGAGUCCAAGCCCUCCCCCUCCCCCAAGGUCCAAGAGUCCAAGCCCUCCUCCAAGACCCCAGAGCCCUCCCCCUCCCCCAAGGCUCCAGAGCCUUCCCCCUCCCCCAAGGUCCCAGAGCCCUCCCCCUCUGCCAAGACUCCAGAGCCCUCAGGCUCCACUAAGGCCAUACCUGAACAGUCCACCAAAGCCUCCUCCAAACACUCCAAGAAGUCUGCCUUCCACCCAUUCACCAAGGCCUUACCUGACCACUUUACCAAGGACUCAAAGGCACACCCCAUUAAGGCCUCAGCUGACCCGGCGGUCAAAGCCACAGACAUGUCACCCCCUGAUCAGUCCCUCGCAUCUACUGCUGUCUCACUUGCACUGUCCACUCCAGACUCCACCAACCGCUCAAAGGAGGCCUCACACCUCCUACCAAAACCUCACGCAUCUACCAAAACCUCAUCCAAACACUCCAAGAAAUCUGCAUUCCACCUGUUUACCAAAACUUCCUCCAAACUCUCCAAGAAAUCCUCAUUCCAUCCAACUGCCAAGACCUCACCUGACCAGUUGACCAAGGACUCCAAGGCAUACCCCAUUAAGGCCUCAGCUGAUUAGGAGGUCAAGGCCCCAGACAAGUCACCCUCCAAUCAGUCCCUCGCAUCCACUGCUGUCUCACUUGCACUGUAUACUCCAGACUCCACCAACCGCUCAAAGGAGGCCUCACGCUGCCCAUCCACCAAGACUUCAUCUGAUCAGUCCAAGAAGACCUCAAAAGCCCCCUCCAACAAAGCCUCCCCCAGAGCCUUGUCCUAACCACUCCACAGAACUUCACCCCAUCAGUGCAGAAUUGCUUCAUCUUACCCAUCCACAAAGGCCUCAGGCCAUACCAGGCUCAUGAAUCCUGGCCAGUCCAAUGUGCCAGAGGAGACUUUUGUCCCCCACCCCAUACCAGGGAGCUCUCUACCCACAGGCUCUAGAACUCACCCAACAGACAUUCCAGGGUCAGAUUCCGACCUCCAGGCCCUCCAGACUACCCAAGCUCACACCCAGGACCCACAACCUCUGUGAAAGACUCCAUGGUAGGAUCCUGAGUUAAGGUUCCUUGGUGUUGAGGAGAUGCCUCUUCUCCUCCUACCCCAUUAGAAGAAAAGACCCAAAGAUGCUCUUGGCCUGAAGUGUAUUUGGGACCUAUGGCCCCAGAUCGACCUAUUAAAAGUCUGUGAAUGAG